CUGCCAUUUCUUUUCGCUUUUUCUCUCUCUCUCAUCUUUUCUUUCUCUUCACUUUCAUUAUCACCUGAGAAAUAAGUCGCCUAAGCAUUUAAAGUGUACAAACAGAACUGGAAUCCCGGCAAAUAAGGUCUUGAGAAUCGAUCUAUCCCAUCUACGCUUCACGAAACCUGGUCUAGCCGACCCCGACCAAUCCUCAUCAGGGGAGAAACUAACAUAUUCACCCAACCCACCCACAAUUUCCAUUUCACAAGACACAAUCAUGUCCGAACCGCGCAGUCCCGAGCCCGAGCUCAAGCCCGCCGCUGAAGUGGAUGAACAAGAACAACAGCAGGAAGCGCCCCCGACGCCCGGCGGCGACGCCGUUUCGGAUGAAGAACCCGCUAAGGAGGUAGAGGCGGAGGCAGAGCCAGAAGCCGAAGAGCAACAAGAACAAGAACAAGACCAAGGAGAAGAAGAGGCCGCGCAAGACAAUGGUGGCGAUAAUGAUGACGAUGACGACGAUGACAAGAUCUCCGACGACGAAUCCAUUCUUUCGGAAGUCGAUGAAGCCCAGUUCGAGGACUUUGAUCCCGAGAAUGUCGACAUCGAAGACCGGCCGCAGCUGGCGAUUGACGAGGAUAACUUGAAGUUGAUCGGACGGCAUAAGCGGAAGCGUACUGAGGGCGGGGAAGAAGAGCGCUCGAAGAGGAAGAGAGAGGGACGUCGCGAGAAGAAGAGUCGGAGGAUGAGGGAGUUGGAGGAUGGAGGCGCGAGUGAUGAGGAGAAGGCUAGUCGGAGGAGGAAGAAGAAGGAGGCAGAGAUUGCGGAAGAGGAGUUGUUGGAUCCGGCUACGAGACGGCGGAGAGCGCUUGAUCGCGCGAUGGAUGAGGCGUUGAAGAAGCCGACCAAGAGACGGUUUAGAAAGGCUGAUGGCAUUGACCUGGAACAAAUGGCCGAUGCUGAAAUCGAAGAUAUGCGCAAGCGCAUGACCCACGCUGCGCAGAUGGACGCUAUCAACCGUCGCGAGGGCAAGCCUGCCAUGCACAAGCUGAAGAUGCUUCCUGAGGUGGUCUCGCUGCUCAACCGCAACCAAUACGUCAACAGUCUGGUCGACCCCGAAAUCAACCUGCUGGAAGCGGUCAAGUUCUUCCUGGAGCCCUUGGAUGAUGGUUCCCUGCCGGCGUACAACAUUCAGCGGGAUCUGAUGACUGCGCUGGGCAAGCUGCCGAUCAACAAGGAGGCUCUGGUUGCCAGUGGUAUCGGCAAGGUCAUUGUCUUCUACACGCGGAGCAAGCGUCCAGAGCCCGGCAUCAAGCGCAUGGCGGAGCGCCUGCUGGCUGAGUGGACGCGCCCGAUCCUCCAGCGCAGCGAUGAUUACUCGAAGAGGGUAUACCAGGAGGCUGCCUUUGAUCCUACUAAACUGAGCACGACACGCCCUCAAUCGGUACAGGCCACUGCUGCAGAGGCUCGUGCCCGUGAGCUACUGCCUCCUCGUCUGGCGAAUCGCGCGCGCGCUGACAUGACUCACACGAGUUAUACGGUGGUGCCGCGACCGACGAUGGUACAGGAGAGCAAGUUUGCGCGACCUCUGGGAGCGAGCGGCGAGGAUCGCUUCCGUAAGAUGCGGGCGCGGCAGAUUGCGGCGAGCAAGGGAUCCCGUCGUUGAAGAAUUUUCAUUCCUUCAAUUAUUAAUUCUUUAUUCUUCUGGCUGUACCUUUCUUGUUCUAUUUCCUUUUUCGAUCUCAUAUGUAUGUCAGGUUUUAUUUCGUAGAUUUUUCGGGAGGCGGCGCAGGGCGGAAUGUGUAUUAUUGGAUCAUGCCAUAGCGAAUGGGAAGGCA